GUCAUCCGCGCUGUGUCUGGAGUGUCAUCAUGUGGGGGUUGAUAAUUCAAAAUCGUAUCCUUCACUUGUGGGUGUAGUCAGUGUUAUCUGCUAUUUUAGCAUUGAUAUUUUAAAAUAUGUGAUGAACAUUAAAACACCACCUGGACAGCACUAAAAUGCGUCUUCCGACUUGAAGACGAGUGCAAGUUGAUUGAAACUGUAUAUUCUGAGUGCGUGAAAAUACUUGUCCACGUGAUUAAAUGUAUUUUUUACUUGAAUGACUCACAUACCACAUCAGAAAACGUGUUCGAAUUUACUAAGAUGGCGCUCGACAGUGGCUACCCUUACUUUAACUUGUGGACUUUUCUUUCAUCGCUCUAAGGCUUUGGUAUAGGUACUCGUUGAUUUCCUGAUGAACCAGCAAUGUACACAUCAACUUGUCGAGGCUCACCCCGAAAUCACUUUAAAAAAGUCCUGACAAAAGUCCUGAACGGGUUUUCUGGAGCAUCGUUGAUUAUCAGAUGAAGUAGAACUAGUAAUUUGUGUCUAAUGACUGGCUGUAAAGCAGUCUCUUAAACCUAAGACUUUUCCCUACUAGACUCGAGUCAAACAAUUUUAAAAUAACUAAUCUUGCAUAGUUUUGUCAAUUUUGUCACCUCCUCAGAUUUUUUCAAACCUUCUUGUAGUAAAAUUACAAUGUUACUUUAUUAUUAUACCGCUUAUUAGAUUAGAAUAGAAUCUCUUCACUUACACUCUGCAUAAUUCAGCGUUAAGUUCUUUCCACUAUCACAAGACUUAGUAACUCACAAAUUGAAGACUGAUAACCAAUUCUACUUGUAAAAAUAAUCGAUUCUAACAAAUCCCUUAUCUUCCGGAAGGACCUCUUCUUUAAUACUUCCAAAAUUUUACUUUUGCCACUCACUAAUACACAGUUUUUCCUACAUGACUUUCUUCCGUAACACCGACUAUAAUAUCACAUAAUAUCUUACUGAACACAUCCCUUCUACAUAGUUAACACUUCUAAUAAAAUUCUAUUAUAGCAAAUUUCUCUUGUUAGAUCAACUGCAUUAUUUUAUUCUUCUACUCAUUUCUUCUUCUAAUAAUUUCUUCUUCUACUCAUUUCUUCUUCCACUCAUUUCCCCACACAAAACGAAAUCUUCACUAAUUCUCUAAUUCUAGUUGCCUUUUGGACGUCUAUCUGAGGUUUAUUUAAACAGAUCUACUCCUUUCGUCUAUCCAGAGAUUUUCACUUAUUUCUUCUCGUUCUAUUAGAGUUCGAUCUUCAAAGAACAGAUUUACUUUCCCGUUCCAUUUUCGACUUUAUACUUAUUCACUUCUCUUCUUCAUCUUCUUCUCCUCCUCGUUUAGGUUACUUAUCUAGUCCCACCGAUUCCACCACACGACUCUGAUCCCCUAGUGGAGAUGCUUUAUAGCUGAUUACUCCCUCAACACACCAUAUUUACGAAAGCUUCUUCUCCUCCAACUGCUCCCACCACCAACACCACCAUGUCACGACGUAGCAUCCUCAUCUCCCACAUGGGGAGCUCUCUCCGCAGCGAGCCAGAAUUGGAGGAUCGAGGCAGCGCCUCCACCCACAGCUACGACCUCCUCACCCCUCUGUCCCCCAGAGACCGCAGCUUCGACACCGUCAGUGAAGCUAGUGGAGAGCACUCCGUAGUCUCCCACCCUUUCUCCGAAGAAGCUCCAAGGUUUGGAGAGUCAGUUGCUGUAGGACAGUUCUCGUCCAUACACCAAGAGGUCAUGGCCAGUCUCAGGGAGCAGACUAGGGGAGACUCCUGCUGCUCUACCUGUUCCUCCUGUGACACAUGCAGUACUGACACAUGGGAGGCCCUGGGUAUAGACGAAGGACGUAUUAUGAGAGCGACGCCACAGCCGCUGCCGGCUCUAGUGGAGCGCCAAAUCGUAGAGAAGUUGGGGGAGGUGGUUUUGGAACGGAGAGAGAAACGGGAGCGUUCUUUGCACAGCCCCGGCGAGGAGUCUCACACUCCCCGCCCCCGCUCACGCCCGCGCACCGCCCCCGACAACAUGUCCGGCCUGUGGAACAUGCUGGCCACAUACGAUGACUUUUUCGUCACCCCGCCAGGGUUCAACCUGUACCAGCAGGACAAGCCUCAUUGGCUGGACCAGGAACCGAUCCCGUGGGAAGUGCGGGAGAAGGCCAGGAGGAAAUGUGUCAAGUGGCUGAACAACUACCACAACUAGAGCCACUGGAGUGACUACCGAAAUGUAAUAACUACUGUAGUGCUAAGCCAAAUGUUGUAAGGUUAGAGAAAACAGUCGGAUCUAUUCAGCUUAUUGUGGUAUGAAAGUGAUCAAAGUUGGUAGUUUAACCCCUUUACGGUUCUUUAGGUACCUAAAAUUAUGUUGAAGAUGGAGCUUGUAUUGGCUACUAUUAACUUAGUUACGUUUAAAACACAUAAACCACUACUUAAUAC